AUGGCAACUGAAGAACCCACGCCGACCACGCAGGCGAAUGAAGCCCCCUCGACCCCUCAGCCGUUGCAUCCAGUGACGCACUGGGAGAAUCUCGCCGCAACAGCUGAUGUCGACAGUACUGAUCGCGACUCUGUUAUCAGCUCGAAUACGGUUGAAUCCACAGCCUCAAUGACAUCGAGCAUCUUAUCUUAUCGGACAAUUCAAGGAAGAACAUUUCAUUCAGAGAGAGGGAAUGCCCACUACUGGGCAUCUAAUGACGAGCAGCAAAAUGAAUCGAUGGACAUUGUCCAUCAUUUCCUAUGCCUCUUGCUAGACGAUAAGCUCUAUCUCUCGCCGCUGAAAGAUGACAUCCAGAAAGCGUUGGACAUUGGAACAGGAACAGGAAUUUGGGCUAUUGACUUCGCGGAUAAGUUCCCCGGCACAAAGGUUAUUGGCACCGACAUUUCGCCCAUUCAACCUUCUUGGGUCCCCUCCAACCUUGAGUUUCAAAUCGACGAUUGUACCUUACCAUGGACCUUCGAACCCAACUCUAUCGAUUUUGUCCAUAUUCGCUAUCUAUACGGAAGCAUCAAAGACUGGUCAUCAUUGUUCAAAGAGUCGUUCCGAGCAUGUAGACCAGGCUGCUGGGUUGAAAGCCACGAAGCCUCACCCAUGAUUGAGAGCGAUGACGGUACGGUCACUAAUACCAGCGCAAUGCACGAAUGGGGAAGGUUCUUCAUCGAAGGAGGAAAGAAAAUAGGCCAAACAUUUACUGUUAUCGAUGAAGACCUGCAGCGAAAGGGUAUGGAAGCCGCGGGUUUUAUUGACAUUCAGGUUGUUGACCACAAGAUUCCUGUCACUGGAUGGCCUCAGGACCCGAAGUUGAAGGAAAUUGGUCAGUAUGUCCAGGCGGCUCUGGAGCAAGACUUUGAAGGGUACAUCUUAUACAUGGCGAGCCAGCUUCUGGGGUGGUCUAUGCAAGAGGUCACUGUGUACUGCGCACAACUAAGACGGGAACUCCGGUCGAGUGCCAACCAUCCUUUCUUUCGCUACAGGGCAGUCUAUGGGCGCAAACCAGAAGAAGACUGA